UUUUUCUCGUGUUUACACAACAAUAAAACACACUUUACAGUUUAUUAAAGCGACAAUCUGCGACUAGUUUCUGCAUUGAGUUCACCUCUAUCUGUGUGUCUGCUGACCAAAACAACACAGCAGGCAGAGAGGAGCUCUGAGAGGACAAUAUGAGUGAAUGUGUUUGAGUUUUACUUUGUUGGUGUGUUUAAGUUUAUCAGCGUUUCUAUGAGCAAUAUCUGAAAGUAUCUGAAUGGAAACAAUGCUCUGCCGCCAUCAGUGAAAGACAAAGACAGAGUUUAUUGAAGGACAGUGAGAAGAUGAGUGAUCCAGAACCCUGCAGAAUUAAACAGGAAGAGAUUGAAGAACUAAUAGAUGUGGUGGUGAAGGAGGAGAGUGAAGAACUGAGUGAAGAUGAGGAGAAACAUCAUGUCAAGAGGGAAGAAGAACUCACACAAACACUGGACAUGGUGUUUCAAUGGAAAGAACAGCUGUGAACUGUUUUACCUGCACUCAGUGUGGAAAGAGUUUUAGCCACAAAUGCAGUCUCAAGCGUCACAUGCUGAUCCACACUGGAGAGAGACCACACAAGUGUCCACAAUGUGACAUGAGAUUUAGGUAUUUAGGAAACCUGAAAACACACAUGAUGAUCCACACUAAAGAGAAACCUCACAAGUGUUCACACUGCGACAUGAGAUUUACUUAUUUAGGAAACCUGAAAACACACAUGCUAGUCCACACUGGAGAGAGACCUUACAAGUGUUCACACUGCGACAUGAAUUUCAAUAAUUUAGCAAACCUGAAAAGACACAUGCUGCUCCACACUGGAGAGAAAACACACCAAUGUGAUCAGUGCAGCAAAACAUUUAAGAGGCCUGCAGAUCUGAAGAUCCAUCUUAGAGUUCAUACUAACGAGAGGCCGUAUUCAUGCUCUGAGUGUGGAAAGAGUUAUACAAUGAAAUCGACUUUAAAAAACCAUCAGAAGACCCACACUGGUGUGACCGAGUUUGUCUGCGAAGUUUGGGAAGAUUUUCAUUUCAGCAAGAGCCUUGAAAAUGCACCAGAGGAUUCACACUGAAGAGAAAACUAGUAUGUGUUCACACUGCAACAAGAGAUUCAGACUGGCCGGUACAAUUAAACAUCACAUUUGUACAUACCUUUUGGGAAAUGACUGCAUUUAUCUGCACUGGACUGUUUUACAUUAUCCUUAUAAAUAAACCGUCUUUUUACACUUCCAAA